AUGUCAUUCAAUUUCUCCAAUUUUACAAAGGAUUUAAAAUCUUUUGGUGAUAAAAUCACUACUGAAUUCAACAAAGAAGUUGUUCCAUUAGCUCAAAGAACUUCAAGAUUAGUUCAAGAAAAAAUGGGGAACAUCAAACAAGAUGAUAUUAGUCAAUUACCAUCGGAAUAUAUAGAGUUGGCCAAUAAAUGUAACAAUAUUGAACAAUUAUACAAGAAUGUUUUGAAAAUCACUACUAAUUAUGAAAAUGAAAGUUAUGAUUAUCCAACUAAUGUUCAAGAAAGUUUUACAGAAUUUGGUAAGAAUAUCACCACUAGAGUUUCCAAUGUUGCCAAAGCUACUACCACUGCUGAAGCUCAAGCAGCAUUGAUCAAUCCUAAUACUGGUGAAUUUAAAGCUCCUAAAACAUUGUAUCAUGCAUUAAGUAGAGCCACUGAUGCUUCAAUUUUGACUAGUGAUAAAUCUCAAGACCCAUUGAUUAAAGGAUUAGAUUUGUAUUCUUCAAAUUUAAACAAGAUUGCCAAUGCAAGAUUAGGUCAAGAUCAAUUGAUUAAAUCUAAAUUCAAUAAACCUUUAUUGACUACAUUACGUUCAUUAAUUAGUCAAUCAAAUAAUAUCCAAAAAAAAGUUGAAGAUAAAAGAAUUGAUUACGAUUUAACUAGAAGCAAUUUGGCCAGUUGUACAAAUCCUCAAAAAGAACCUAAAUUAAGGGUUGAUAUGGAAAAUGCCGAAGAUGAAUUUGCCAAUACUGUGGAAGAUGCAAUUAAUAUCAUGCAAAAUGUUUUAGAAAAUGCUAAACCUUUGGAAGAAUUUUUGGAAUUGAUUAAAGCUCAAUUGGCUUAUCAUAAAUUGGCUACUGAAUUAUUAGAUGGCAUGGUUAAAGAUUUUGAAGAAUUAAUUGAUGAACAACAAAAAUUGAGUGGCAGUGCUACUAGUGGAAGAGAAUCCGGUGAUUUUGACAUUUAG